AUGUCAACUGUGGCGAAAGAUACCAAGGCCCUUUCAGUCCUGCAGUCGUCACGCGGCUUCAUCCAGCGGCAGCUCCCUGCCUGGUUACAACCCGCUGUUGGACAACUCUGCAGUCAUCUUCCGCAAUCAUGGUUCGGCGAUCUACAUCUGACUGACACCGCUCGAGCCUUCGGUCCCAUGCUUCAGACUCUCAAGACAGCAGGCGAAUCCUAUCUUGGUAUGGUAGACUGCCUCCACACCAUCGGCGUAUCUCUUCCACGACCCAUAUCGCCCCAGCUCCACGGCUCUCUCCAGUCGGCUGCUUCAUCGCUCUCACUCUCCCUCCUGGAUCCCCGCUUCUCACGCCUUCCCGCUGGGGUAUACGCGGCAAGUGGUUAUGGAGUGGCCGCGAAAUGCCGCAACUUUCCGACAGAUUACUGCGACGAGGCACGGUUGAUGUUAGCGAUCGACUACAGCCGCGCUGCGCUCACGGCAGCGCUCAUUCACGAGGAUGUGCCAUUGUAUCGCACACUUCGUACCUUUCACUCCGAGACGCUCGGCGGGGCAGCGCUGGACCGCACAUGUUCAUCCCCCGAUCGUAGGGAUCUCGACUGCACGGCAGGGCUGCGGGUCGCGUUGACAAACAUUACAAAGCUUCCGGCGUCAGAAGACGAAGAUGCCAAAGAGAUAACCUUCGUCCAGACUAUCGUAGUUCACGGUGAAUCUGCCUCCGACUUCAGACUCAACUCUGUCUUACGAGACGUGCUCUCUAGAGGUGACGACGACGAUGAUGGUGGCAAUGCUAUGGAAUUUAUCGUUAACGGCGGACAAUCAUCGAGCCACGUCUCGCCACUCUACGCCGCCGCGCGUGGCAUCGCAGAGUUCGGCUGGCUGGUAAUCGAUGAGCCACUUCCAGACGGAUGCAAUUGCAACGACUUCACGAGACGACGCAUGUGUUGA